UUUCAAAAAGAAAAUCCAAGCGCAGUUUUUUCAAGAACAAGAACAAAAAAAGGACAAUUGGAAAAUUUAUUUCUAAAAUAAUUUAAAAAAAGUAUAUUAAAUAAAUUAAAAUAUUUUAAAGAAAAUAACCAGAAAGCUUAAAUAAAGACGCGCCUAAAAUAAACAAAAUGGACAAUAUUUCUCGUCGUCUAUCGAAUGAAGAUACAGCUACUUCAGUGUACUUGUCAUUUGACGCCGAAAGUACCACCAUGUCCACAGCAUGUUACAAAACUUUGGAAGCCAUGACUGAUAUCUCAGCUGUAUCUGCCAUCGAUAUGGACGAGUCGGCAAAUAAAAACAAAACCGGAGAUAAUCACAUGAAUAGUACAUUGGAGGCUCGUGAUGAUUCUCAAAUAAUGAGUCCAUUAAAAACUGUUAAGAAAAUUGGAAUGCCAGAUAUGAAAUUACACACCCCUUUGAGAGCACUGCCAAAAAAUAUUUUAAAAGAAUAUAAAGCUUUAUGUUCUACUCCGUCCAAGGACCAGCUUUUAAAAACAGUCGAUGUGACACGUGGUUCAGAUGCCACUAGAUGCAUAGAUUUAGGUUUAGCAUUUUUGGGUGUGGAUGAUGAAAAGCCAGCUUAUUUUCCUCCUCCGCCUGUAGAGCUAUGUGAAGAAAACAAAGAAAAUGCUUUACCAGAGGCUGAAGAGGUAUCUACUUUAUCUACAUGUUCCUCUGUGGAAAUAACUGCUACUUCCGUUAUUGAAAGAAAAAUGUUGACAUCAGUAUCUACGGUUGGUUCCAUAACCGAAGAAGAGUCAGUUGAAGAAGUAAAAAUUAUGAAAAAUGUAGAAGAAAUUUUGGGGUCAGCAGAUGAAGUCGCUCAUAAAAAUCUUGCCUCUUAUAACUCUUUAUUAUUAGAGGAUGCUAAUAAUGUUCUCGAUGUUGAAGAGGAAGCCACUAAUAUGGUGCAGUUCUGUAAACAGAAUAUUGAAACAACUCCCAAAGCUAAGGUUGAAAAUAUAGAACAUAUGGACACCAUGUCAGAAUCAUCAGAAAAAUCAGACGAAAAGACUCCAGUAGUCAAAGAAUUGGAAAUCGGAAAGAAAAACAUUAUGAAAUCUUCAUCUAAACCAAAAAUUGCCGUUUUAUCGCGAAAUGCACGACGUUCUAUAUGCGAACCGAAUUUGCAAGCAAAUAAACCAUCUAGAAUAUUGAAUACUGGUAGUAAACGGCAAUCAUUGUUGCCUAUAUGUAGAAAAUCGACAAUGCCAAUGGAUGCUGAACAUGAAAUUCCUUUGCUAAUGAGUAAACUGUUAAAAAUUACUAAUACAUCUGCGGAAGCCGAAGAAGUCGAUGUAAAGAAACCGCAAAAAAUAGUAAAAGAUCAAAAUAAACCAACGCCAGCUGAAAAAAGGCGUUCUGUUAUGACAUCCAUAAAAACAAGAACCUCACUUAUACCAUCUGCUGCAGGAGAUAAGCGACCAUUUAGUUUUACGCAACGCAUGUCUGUGGUAGUUAAAACUACAUUAAAUAGUCCCGCUCGCAAAAUUGCACGUAAAAGUUCUAUGGGUGGUGUAAUGACCGCAUUUCAGAGAAGAAGUGUAAUUCCACAAAAAACAACUAACGUAGAUGUUUCCAAUCUUAAAAAACCGGAAGUAAUUGCUCGUAGAAGUAUGCUAACGAAAACUUCUCAAAUUUCCACAACCACUAAAGCUAUUACUAAAACUCUGGUUCCAGUACAAGAAACAUCAGCUAAACCCACUUCUACUACACAGCGCAAAUCUAUAUAUCCUUCAGCAAAAGUUUUAGAAAAAGCUGCUAUAUCACAUAAUAAGACGGAUAUUGUUUAUACUUGUAAUGUUUGUAAAGAAAAAUUUCGUAUAAAAUCUUUGCUUGAUGCUCAUAAGCGAUCCCACGAAAGCGAUAAUGUAACACCCGCUUUUAUUAAGAAGCCUAUGACGACGAUUUAUUCGAGUAGUUCGAGUCUAGCUGGCAAUUCUAAUCAGUGCAAAUAUUGCGAUAAAAAAUUUGCUUUAACAAAAGCAUUACAUAUUCAUCUCUUACAAAAUUGUUCGAAAAUUCCACCUUCUGAGAAAAGAAAACUUCAGUAUACAGAUUUAAACCAUGUGGAAAAAGCUCAAUUGCCGAAUGUUUUUGCACAUCAUCAUAAUUUACAAAGUAAUGUAUCAAGUACAGUUGCUUCUGCAAAUGCUACACCACGACAUGCAUUAAAACAGAAUAUAAAUACAUUGACAUUCCCAAAAAGAUCAACGGAAUCUUUAAAUGAACAUAAAGAAGUACAAAAAAUUACAUCGGAUUUGAUAACCACUGUCGAUGGAAACAACAUGCCUCAUGGUUCUGUACAAAAAGUUAAAAAGAUAAGUGCACAUGCCGGAGUUUAUCGCACUCCCAGUAAAUCAGUACCUUGCCAUUUAUGUAAGCUAACAUUUAAGAGUAUUUUAGAUUACACCAAUCAUAAUUUAACAGUUCAUGGUAGCAACAAAACUAGUAUUACAGAGGACACAGCCAACGAUGUUGUUGUUGAUGGAAAUGUAAGGACUACCAACAAUGCUAAUAACUAAAUAUGAAAUUUAGUUUUUUAAUGAAAUAAUAAAUAAAUUUACUUUUGACAAAAUUUAAAAAA